GUGACUGCUCCGCCCCACCCCCACCCCCACAGUUGCGCGUGUUUGAAAGGAACAGCGGGCCUCAGGUGGGCGUGAGGCGUCUUUGUCACAAUGUUCGACGUGAAGAAGAGGAAUAGUUUGACCCUGAACGGCGGCGCGGAGACGGAGGACCGCGGCAGAGGGCCGCUCAGAGGGACGUUCAGAGGCGCUGCGGGGGACUGCCCCGUUUCACACGCAGCGCUUCCAAAACGAAAAAGAAGGAAAAGUGUGUGUGAAGUGUCCGUUUCCUGUGUAGAGGAUUGUGUGGGCUCCCCCAGUCCAAUCGGAGGAGGCUGGAACCAUUUGGUGAAUGGAGUGUCCCCGACACACAUCAGCCCUGCCACGCACACUCCGGGGAUUCCCCAUGUGACGAGCUGUCCUCUUUUAGGAUCUCCGAGUCCAGGCAAAAAAGGCGUUCAGAGCUGUAGCCCAUCCAGGGAAGGAGGGCACAGUCCUGCUAAAUUCUCCCUCAGGAACCGCAGCCCUCUCGGUGGAUUACUGCGGACGCCCAGCCCUCUGAAGGGGAGCGCCAGGAGCUACAGCCCCGCCAAGAACUCCAAAUCCUGGUCCGGACUGCACGGGAUCUCAAACAGCAAGAUGGAAAGACGAGAGAAGAGCGAGAAGGAAUCUUUGAGCGUACCGGAGUUGGUUGUUUACUUUGAUGACAGCAGGAUUCCCACUAAAAAAGUUGAACGCCCUCCUUUGAAACCACUGCAAUCCCCAAACUGCUCCAGGUCAGCCCUCAACAUCAUAGUACCAGUCGCCCGUAGACUCAGUCUGGCCAAAAGUGAAGUCCACCAAUCAAGCAACAGCCACGAGCGUUCCCCGGGACAAGUGGAUGAAAUUGUGCAGGAUGAAGUUCUCAAAUCAGUAAAUGGAGAAGAAAUGAAUGACAACAUGGACGAAGGCAGGAUAGCCGUACGACAUGACUCCUGCAAGUGGGGUGAGGCUACUAGAACUGAAGAAGAUAGCAAGAUUCAGAAGGAGUCUAAUGAUGAUGAGGUGGAAGAGGAGAGAGGAGAAAUCCAGCCAAACGAUGAAGAGAAAAAAAAGCAGAAACUGUACAACAUCGCCAAUGAACUCCUACAGACGGAGAGAGCCUACGUGGCUCGUCUCCACCUGCUCGACCAGGUGUUCUGCUCCCGCUUAAAGGAGGAGGCAGGUCGAGGCUCGUUUCCUCCCGACGUGAUAAGAAAUAUCUUCUCCAACAUUUCCUCCAUCUACUCCUUCCACAGCCAGUUCCUGCUCCCUGACCUGGAGAGCUGCAUCGGCCAGUGGGGUGAGAGCCCAUGCCUGGGUGGUGUCCUGCUUCAACACGCGCCCUUCCUGAGGAUGUACGCCUACUACAUCUUGAACUUUGACCAGGCCAUGGAGCUGCUGAGGACCUGGAGUGAGCGCUCCUCUGUCUUCAGAGACAUCAUCCAGGACAUCCAGAGUCAGGAGGUGUGUGGCAGCCUGACCCUGCAGCACCACAUGCUGGAACCAGUCCAGCGGGUCCCCCGUUAUGAGAUGCUGCUCCGGGAUUAUCUGACGAGACUGCCCAGUGACAGCCCCGAUUAUGAUCGUUCGCGCGAAUCGUUGCAGAUCAUUUCCAUGGCAGCCACCCACUCAAACAGUGCCCUCCACAAAGCCGAGUGCCGGAAGCGGCUGCUGGAGAUCUAUGAGAUGGUUGGAGAGGAGGAGGUGGUCAACCCGACUAACGAGUUCCUCAGGGAAGGUCGACUGCUCAAGCUUGCUGCCAGGAACACAUCUGCCAUGGAAAGGCACCUGUUCCUGUUCAACAACUUUCUGCUGUGCUGCACUCCCAAGUUCAGCCUGGUCGGACAGCGUUUCACCGUCCGCUGCAGGAUCGGAGUGGACGGCAUGCAGGUGCAGCAGACUACCAAUGAAGACCACUUACACACCUUUCAGGUCUCUGGGAAGGAGAGGACCCUUGAACUGCAGGCCAGCUCUGAACAAGACCGAGAUGAGUGGAUAAAGGUAAUUCAGGAAGCGAUUGAUGUGUUCCUGAAGAAACAUGAAACCUUCAAACUGACUUGUAAUGAACCAGAUGUUGAAGAAUCCACGGAGGAACUCGGCCGACGUGCUCCUCGCUGGAUCCGGGACAACGAGGUGACCGUGUGUAUGAAGUGCGAGGAACCGUUCAACGCCAUCACCAGGAGAAGACAUCACUGCAGAGCCUGCGGCUGCGUGGUGUGCUGGAAGUGUUCCGACAACAAAGUGGCUUUAGCGUAUGACUGCAACAAGCUGAACAAAGUUUGUAAAUCCUGCUUCUCUAUACUGAUGGAGCAGAGGGUGGAGGGAAAGAAGAGAACGGUAUUGGAGUCGGAGGCAGCCCGCGUCUGCAGCGACGGCGCAGUGAGGGGCUUCCUGCGGUAUGGUGACAACCCAAAGACAUGGCACCAGAUGUGGGCUGUUGUCCCCUGGUCAGAACCUGCGGUCCUUCAUCUUUACACAGCUCCACAGGAUUUAAUGCCCAUAUCCAGUAUACCACUACUGGGCUGCCGUGUGGAGGAUUCCCCUCGAGAGCUCCAGGGCCAGCCGGGUUUCUGUUUAAGACAAUCCAAAACAUCCCACACUUUCUCCUGCGACGGCUUGGACCUCAAGCAAAGCUGGCUGACUGCCCUGAAAGUCGCUGUGAUGGGAAGGCAGUGUGACGUCCCCUCCGAUGGCUCCAGAUGGAGCAUUACUGGUUGUUUCAGUGAUGGAGGAGAGUGUACUGGUGAGGAAUUUCUCAUCAUUGGCGGCAAUGAAAAUAAGUCCUGAACGUUUGAGAUCAGGCGCUACGGAAAGUACGUCAUCAACAACAGCUGAUCAAACUCCAUUGACGUUAAAGACGGUAGCGUUAAAAUAAACUAUUAAUGAAAUGAAUCAACUCAACAAGUUCACUUCAGGAAUGUAACGGUUGUUGUUAACAAUAUUCAGACUGAAAACGGUGUUUCUCUUUACACGGCGAUGCACUUUAUUUCUGAAAUGGUUUUACGGUAAAAUAAAUAAAGCAAUGGUGUUUUUUUUUUUUUU